AUAGCAGCAAAAGCUGUCUGACUCAGCUGAGUAAAGAAGCUCAAAAGUUUGUUUUUAUUCCAUUUAUGUACAAACUCCUCCUUUUUGGGUGAUACAAGUCUGCUCGAUAAUCUGCACCAUGGAUGUAAAGUGCUCUACUCGUGACUCCCCCCUCCCACCUCUGCAGAAAACUGCUCUCAGAAUCUACAGCAAUCGAUUUUGCCCGUAUGCCAUGCGAGCCAUGCUGGUGCUGGAGCACAAAAACUUACCUUACGAGGCGGUUAAUAUCCACCUGAAGAACAAACCUUCGUGGUACACAGAGAAAAACCCUCUGAGCAAAGUCCCUGUCAUAGAGAAAGGCGACCAGAUCAUCUACGAGAGUACCGCUGUCUGUGAGUGGUUGGAUGAGGUCUACCCAUAUAACAGGCUCACACCCACUGACCCCUACAUCAGAGCCAGGGACAGGAUUCUGCUUGAGUACAUUGGGAAGAUCACAUCUCUGUACUACGGUAAACUGAAGAAAAAGGAAACUCUCGAGGAGGGAAUCACAGAACUCCAGAAGCAUUACCAGUUUUUCGAAGAUGAGCUGGCGAGGCGAGAGGGACCUUUGUUCGGAGGAAGCAACCCCGCUAUGAUCGACUUCUUCAUCUGGCCUUUUUUUGAGCGACUCCCCGGUUUAGCCAAAAGAGAUGAAAGAAUUGCCGUCAACCAGACUGCCUUUCCCCGCCUCGCCAAGUGGUACAGUGCCAUGUACGCCGUGCCAGCUGUGAAGGCCAUCGCCUUUGAUGCGGAUACUCACGCAGCUUUCCUCAAGACUGUCGACGAAGGAACGCCUAAUUUUGAUCUUGGACUAUAAAACCAUUACAUUUUGCUACCUCAGAAUUGCAAAAUUCUAGCUUACAUAAAUUUUUGGCCGUUUUAAAUUCCUAAGACCAUGGUGUCAGAAAGAAAGCUCUUAUCUGCUGUAUUAAAGUCGUAAGAAUGUUCGAGGUCGUUAUCAAGCUGUUCAAAGAACCGCAUUCGAAAAAGCGUGAUAUGGUAUUGUGAAACAAAAAAUUUGACACAAAUUUCUUUUUUUUAAAAACUAUGUAGUGAGCAGAUAAAACUUUG